CUUUCUCACCAUGGAGCAAUGUUCCGACCAACAACAUGCAUUUUCAGUUUGAACAAUAUCACUACCAAAACAAGACUUAGAAAGGUCUGAUUUUCUAAAUUGCUGAUAGCCAUGUCAAUGCCAUUAUUGCUGUUGUGUCUGCUUGUCGCUUAGCCAAAAUAGGAGGAUCAAUAACCCUGAUUACCAGCAAAUCCUCUGAUGUUUGAAAAGGAAGAAAUUUAAAAUGUCAGGUGUGUUGGGUUGGGGUAAAGCUAUCAGUGGACAGCUGGGACUAAAAGGCGAAGAAGUGGAUAAAGUGUUAAAUCCAGUCCAGAUACCAAACUUACGUGGCAGUGAAGUGUUGGACAUAGCCUGUGGUGAAAAUCACACACUGGUCUGUCUCAAAGAUGGCAGUGUCUACAGCUGUGGAAACAACGAUCAUGGUCAGCUGGGUCACACAAAAUCUUCAAAACGCUUUGAGUGUGUUGAUAGCCUGAAAUCGCAGCGUGCGCGCAAAGUAUGUGCAGGAAGUGCUCACAGUGUUGUAUUAACAGACGCUUAUGAGGUAUUCACAUGGGGGAGCAAUGACUCUGGGCAGCUUGGGCGCAGCAAAGUCACCGAUGAAAUGAGGCAAACUCCAAAGUUGGUCAAGUCACUUGCAGUCCACAGUAUUGUACAAGUCAGCUGUGGUAGCAGGCAUUGCAUAGUUCUUACUAAUGAGGGCCUUAUAGCUACAUGGGGAGCUAAUGACUGUGGGCAGCUGGGAGCUGGCAAUAAAGGAGGUUUUCGUGACUCACCUGAGUUUCUGUCCUGUUUAAAUGGAAUUCCUAUUGCCCAGGUAGUGGCAGGUGGUUGCCACAACUUCACUUUGUCAAUGUCAGGUGCCAUUUAUGGCUGGGGAAAGAACAGUUUUGGACAGCUUGGAUUAAGUGACCAGACUCAGCGCCUAGUACCUCAUCAGUGCCGAUCUCUACGCAGUCAGAAAAUCAAGUAUCUCUCUUGUGGAGAGGACCACACUGCUGCUUUGACCAUAGAUGGCCGUGUGUUCACCUUUGGAGCUGGAUCAUAUGGACAGUUGGGACAUGGGUCAACAAAUAACGAAAUAGUUCCUCGACAGGUUUUGGAAUUGUCUGGCAAUGAGGUUACACAGAUAGCUUGUGGAAGGCGUCACACCUUAGCCCAUGUUACAAAGACAGGUAAAUUAUACUCAUUUGGUCUGGGAGGCAGUGGACAACUGGGCAUUGGUGAUGCUUCCAACAGAACCUCACCUUCCAGAGUGCAAGGUCCAUUUUUGCCUGAUACAUUGUCGAGUGACAAUCCUCUUCCAAUGCAGGUAGAUAAUGAAGGAAUGGCCAUGGUGGUACAGAAAAUUUUCACAGGAGGUGAUCACUCCUUUCUUCUUUACAAGUACCUUGAGAUGCAGGGAGAUGUUGCAGAUAACAGAGUACAUGAUCCUAGCACACAGAUACUUACUCUGAGUGAACACCAUCUGGCACAUAUAGAAAGAUUGAAAUCAGAUGAAAUACCAUCUACAGACCUGUCAGAUGAAAUCACAAAAAUCUUCAGUCAUGCUUCCUGCAUCAAUGGGUCUUUCCUUCUGCUAAAUGAUGAACACUAUGGCAGCAGCAGUAAAAACCAUGGGGUAGAUCUUGAUCAAGUGAGAGAUGCAUUUGUCAGACUGGAGAAGUCUUCCAACAUCAUCAUAAAACAAAAGAUUUGCAAUAGUUUGGAGACAUUAGUAAGAAGACUUCCCCAUGCACCUCCUGAUGUUGAGGCCAUGCGGGUAUACCUGGUGUUAGGGGAGUGCCACUUGUUCCAUCAGCCAAAAAACUAUGCAUCCCUCCUGGACCCUUUUGGCCAGGCCAUUAUUAGACUUGACAAGACAGCUGCCAAGUUUUUAGGGCAGUGGUGGGCAAAACUACAGCCAUCAUAUUUCAAUCAUCUGGUUAUGAUGUACAAACAGUGUAUAGAAUUCUUGCUGCAGUUGCCAGAUACAGAUAAUGACAUGGAGGUAAUGAAACGCCAGCAGGCAUUGUUUGUAGCUCUGGAGGUGCUGAAGAAUCUGAACACAGUUAAUGAAGACAAUAAUCAGGUGAUCCCAUACCACAAGUUCUAUGUGCCAGAACUCAAAGACAGGAUCAACUUACGCAAAGAUUAUUUAAAGUGGUUGGAACAUACGCAACUGCAAAAUCAAUCUGGGGUAACAGUGAAAGGUUUUCAGUUCUGUAGCUACCCAUUCCUAUUUGAUGCAGCAGCAAAAAGCAUUUUGCUGCAGACAGAUGCAACACUUCAGAUGCAGUCAGCAGUAGAAGCAGCAGCAAGGCAAAACUUGAUGGGUCUUCUAAUGCCGAUUGAGCCAACAAGUGCCAUGUUAGUGCUGAUGGUGAGCCGCAGCAAUCUGGUUAAAGACACCAUCAAUCAGCUAGAGAAACACAAGCCUACAGAUUUGAAAAAACCUUUAAAGGUGGUGUUCUUGGGAGAGGAAGCAGUGGAUGAAGGUGGUGUCAGAAAGGAGUUUUUUAUGUUGCUGCUGAGGGAUGUCAUGGACCCCAAGUAUGGAAUGUUUCUCUACUAUGAAGAGUCUCGACUCCAGUGGUUUAAUGCACAGUCGUUUGAGGGCAAUGAAAUGUUUCAUCUGAUUGGUACCCUGUGUGGUCUUGCCAUCUACAACUUCACCAUCAUUGAUCUUCACUUUCCCCUUGCUCUCUUUAAAAAACUACUCAAAAGACCUGUAACACUGGAUGAUUUGAAAGAAUUAAUGCCAACUGUUGGAAGGAGUCUGCAGGAUUUACUGGAUCAUGAGGGAGGGGAUGAGGAGGAUGUUUUUUGUCUCAACUUUGUGAUCAAUCAGGAGAUGUUUGGAGAAAUUAAAACAGUUGCACUGUGUCCAGAUGGAGAGACAAAGACAGUCACUCAUGAAAAUAAGAAUGAAUAUGUGGACUUGUACGUUGACUGCAUAUUGAAUCGCUCAGUUCACUCCCAGUUCACUGCUUUUAAUGAUGGCUUUCACAAAGUCUGUGGAGGGCAUAUUCUGGAACUCUUUCAUCCCCAGGAGCUACAGGCAUUGGUUAUUGGCAAUGAAGAUUAUGACUUCCAUGAGUUGGAAAAGAAUGCAGAGUACAAAGGAGAAUAUCAUCGCUACCAUCCAACUAUCAAGCUGUUCUGGGAAGUGUUUUAUGAUCUUAGCAUACAGAACAAAAAGAAGUUCUUGCUGUUUUUGACAGGCAGUGAUAGAAUACCUGUACUUGGGAUGAAAUAUGUGAAGAUUGUAAUACAGCCCACAGGGGGAGGUGAGAAUUUUCUGCCUGUCGCUCACACCUGUUUUAACCUGCUAGACCUGCCAAAAUAUGCAUCACGUCAGAGUCUUGAAGAAAAACUUCUCCUAGCUAUUCAACAUACAGAGGGUUUCGGCAUCGUCUAGUGACAGAGUAUCUUAGUUUGUGCCGCAUCAGAACCAAAUGCAACAAAAACUGCAUCUUGUUCAAUAGUGAUCUGUCAAGUUACAUCAUGUUCAGUUUAUGGCUAAAUGUCUUUUCAGUACAGACCCAAAUUGUGGACUCAGUGGGGCAAGUCCCUGUCAUCUUUGUAAAUGAAAGAAAAUGUUUAUAUGAAAUGAAGCAACAAGGUUAUCACUCUUUUGGGAGAUUAUCUUUGGUGCUUCACAGCCAGCCAUUUCUGAUGGAGUUUGAUUUGUCAGUAUUCAGAGUGUGUGAUUAGCAGUGUGCCGUGUGAACCAGCUGAUGUGGAACAUUUAAUCUAAAAACUUAGCUUACAAAAAUUUAAAAACCUAUUUUUAUUUUAACUUGGACUUUACCAGGCCUAGAUGACAUUGCAAGCUGAUUUUACGAUGGUAAAGGUAUUCAUGGGAAAGCCUGUUUUUAAAGUGUGAAAAUUAUGCUGAUUGUUUGAUGUGUGAAUACAAGUGUUUUAUAACAAAUUCUUACUGACUAAAUUUUUGCUCCUAAGUCAUGCUUGUGGGUUUUGCUUUAUUUGCAGAACAUUGAGUGAUGUACUUUGGAAGAAUUUUUUUUUUUUUGGUUAGGGGUGGUCUAAAACAUUAUUGCUGAUUGCCUAUGUUGAAGUUUCUGAAUUUUUUUUUUUUUUUGGUCUGCUUUAUUGUAUACAGACUCUGUGUGUGGGAGAGAGAUUCACAUUUAUAUGUGUGUAAGCAUGCUUUUCCUAUAAUUGUGUUUUUAAAGAAGUUACAUCCUUUGAUUCUUUACAGUUAAUUUUCAGAAAUAUGCAGUGACUUGGGAAAUCUCCAUGCUGGAGAUUGACUAUGGAGAUUUAGUUGUGAAUUUGCUAUAGGCUGGUGAUAGACAUGUCAUUGAGUAUUAGACAAGACAUUUGAUAUGGUGAGACACAAUCUUGAUGCUACUGGGAAUAAAAUAAAAAGCACAGCUGAUAGGAGAUCCAUCAGGGGAUGUUUGGAGAAAAAAAAGCAUAUAGAAGUUAACAGAGGACUUUUCUUUUAACAUGAAGCUUUUUUUAAAAAAAAAAAACAUGCGUAUUUAGAUGAAAAAACUGUAACAAACUGUUUGUGUGGCUAUCACCUGGCUGCUUGCUUAUGACUUGUUUUUUUAAUCAUCAGCAUGAUAAUAAUCAUCAAUGACAGUUCCCAGUCUUUAUAUUCUCAGACCACUAGAAUUAUUGCCAUGAGUUUUCUUGUGCACAACCAUGUUUUUUUGUGAAUUGUGCACAUUGCUGUUUAGAGAACCCCACCUGGUGAUACUAAGAUAUACAAAUACUGGAUUACAGAUUUCAAAUAAGGCAGUGGACUGUUCUGGAUUUUUUAAAACUAUUCCACAAAUGGAUAAGUGUUAUUAAUGUGACUUUGUAGAGUAUGCUUCAUCUUAUGAUCCAUGAAUAAAGAGCUUGUGAUAUGUGGGUUGUGAGAACAUUGUGGUCACAAACUUAAAGCUACUUUUGAUCAUGUUUCAUUUUGCACACACUCCUGUAGUGGUAAUGCUUGAAUAAAAAUCACUGGCAAUAAGGUGAUGGUGGUGUCUAAAGCCAGCUACCAAAAUUCUUUACAUCUGUUUUUCAGUCUUAUGUCCAUGGUGGAAUCGGGUUCACCUUGGUCUGUGGUUGCUUAGCAGAUUGUUUUGUUAUUCAACAAUCCAAGUAUGAACGCAUUGUUUCAGAGGUGGGUUGCAUAUUUUCUUCUACCUUUUCCAUUAUUGACUCCCUUACAAAAUGCCUGCUUGUGCUACCAAAUUUUUGAGUGCUUGAUUCACUGCUUACGGUACUGAACACAAACUUCUGCAACAAGUCAUCAAGAUUUAGUCCUUGCUCAUCUUUUGUGGAGUCGGACUGGAGAGACCCAAGUCUUAACAGACACUUUGUUGAUUUGUUUUCGUGCUUCUGCCGUUUUGUGGAGACCCAUGUGCACAUUUUGGGUUUGCCCAUUUUGCUGUUCAUUGAAGAUUAAAUGGAUAAAACUUAAGAUUACUCUCACUCUUGUGGCUUUAGUUUUUGUCAAGGAGAUUUAGUGUUGUAUUAUUUUUCUGAUCAGAAAAUCUGCACUUGGAGAUAACAUGUAGUGUCCAUUCUCUCGGCAUUUUACAAGCUCAAACUACAAAGCCACUAUUUUUUUUUUUUUAAAAAAAGCUUUGUGCUUUUGACAAGGAAAGUAAUGUUACAUGACAGAAAGUAUUUGCUCAUAAUACUCCUAUUUUCUGUCAGCAGCUAUUUACUUCAGUAUAUUUCUUACCUUCACUAUUAACAUUGAAAAUGAUGAAAGUAGGUUGAAAUUUGAGAUAAAGAUGCACAUCACUUUAGCCAUAUUUUUGUUAUUUUGAGAAUGGAACUUAUAAUAUCUUCAUGCAAGUAAAGUUUUUGUCCAGAUGUGCUUUAUUUAUAGGAUGUAUCAAGUGAAUGUAAUCAGGUGGAGUAUUUUAUAGAAUAAACCUCUCAUACUGUCACCAACUGAUGCAUGGUGUCUAAUGAUCUAUCUUGUGGAGUGGAAUGUUUUUUAUGUGGCAUACAACAAAAAUGUAUGUUAAUGCUGAAUUAUCAAAUUAUUUGAAAUAACGCACUUCCAGUAGUUUUUAUUUUCAAUGAUUAACUUUGAAAUUUCACCUUGAGUACAAACGAUUGAUUUGCUACCAAGCCUUUCUGGCAUGCAUUAAAAAAACAGGCUUGCACUGCUGGAAAUGUACAUGUCAGAAUAAUCUGACCAUCUCCCACUUUUCAUAAAUGCAGUCUACAGUUCAAAGUUACAUUAAAAGAUAGCUUUUAGGAGAGUGAAUUGUGUAAUAUUCAAUUUUUCUAUAUAACAGUUUAUCUUUAGGCUGUGUGCAACGUUUGCAUUUAUCUGGGUAUUGAUGUGCUACUCCUAGCAUUUCUAAUACUAGCACUGUACUUGAGUGUAUAUCCUUCAUAUCAACAUUGUUCUCCAUGUCAGACAGGCAAUCACCAAUACUUUGCAUCAUUUAUAGUUUCUGGUGAUUAAAUCAGACAUUGUCAUCUUUCUUUGAUGCUUAUGUUGAUCAGCAGACAAAAUGUAAACUGAUUUUAAGAGUGCACCUGAAUACUCCUGAUUCAUGAUGGUCCCUUUGAUGAAGACAGUUAUGAGUUUUACGUCUGCUGAAGUAGACGUAAGUAGAGUGUUAAUAUUAUUGAUCUACUUGGGACAUCCCUUUUAAUUUUUAUUAAUUUUUGAGAUUAAAUUAUUUAUACAUUACAAUUUUUUCCAUUAAUUCCACAAAUCCCAGUGAUUUAUGAGGGCUCUUUGCUUGGAUUUGGCAGCUUUGCUUGCUGUGAUAAAAACCAGGUUUUUCAUCUUUACUUCAAAAAUAACUGACAUGCUAGCAUACAUAGCUUUAUGGUUUAGUAUCACUUCAUUGUAAAAUUUGUUUUAAAUGUGUUCACUAGAAUUAAUAUAUCUGAUGUCUCUAGUGUAUUUAAAGAUAGCAGAGUAUCUUUUAUCAUUCAAUAAAAUAUGGAAUGCACAUGAGAAAUAUAUAAAAUUAUGGAGAGUGACCUACACACACCCAAAAGCCCUAGCUCUCCAUGGUGUACAGCCAGCACUGGGCUAAUGUGAUGGUUUGUGCUGCCAAAUCUUGCUGACAUGACUGCACUAAUGCUGAAAUUAAGGCUUUUUUAGGGGAAAGCGGGGUGAUUACAUUAUUAGAAUACAUAAAAUGCACCAAUAUCAGCAGCAUGUUACCUUCAAACUUUAUAAUGCUUUUGAGUUCAAAACACAUCUUAGUACUUGUACAUAAAAUCCACAAAAUUAUCAAAGCAUGUGAUUUUGUUUGGGGGGUGGGUGGGUUUGGGAGAGCCUCUCUAAUUCCCAGGUUAUGGCUUUAAAUGCAUUGCCAGUCAAUGAAGACAACUUACAACUGCUAACUAGUGCACUACAUAAUAUGUGCAUAACUUGUGCACUGCACAGAUGACUCUCCUCAUUAAAUGGAGGAAAAAGCUAAAAGCCAAACGUAAUUAUGAUAAACUAUUGAUACAAAUAAUUUUUUUUAAAAAAGCACUCAAUUUAUUUCAAGAUAAACAGAAAAUUGUCACAUGAUUUCACUGGUAUAAGCUUGAUUGGUUGGAAAUUAAAAUAUCUUUUUUCUCUCCCCCCUCCCUUCCAUUCUGAGUGAAUGCAUGUGUCAUAUUCUUAACAUACUUCAGUGGCUAACCAUGUCACAAAAAAAUUAACUUGACACGACAAAGAUGCAUAGCCUGAAUAGAACUAAUACCUCUACAUAGAUUCAUGUUAAACAUGGAUAUAUAAGUCUUUUACUGUUAAUGCCCAUCCAUAGUUUACAAUUAUUGCAAAGAAGGGAUAAAUGUAACAUUUCUAGCUAUUCACAUUCUGCUACAGAAUUAACCCUGUAGAAAAAUAUGUUGGUUGCCAUAAACAAUGAUUUACAAAAGCCAGAGCUGAAUAAGAACACAAGUCAUAUCAAGAAACCCCCACUGCCAUUAAAAAAAAAAAAAAAAAA